UAAACUCAUUGCAUUGAUGUAACCAUGAUCAUUUUGAUUGUAUAAUUAAGAACGAGCUAGCGAAUCGCCUUGCGAAACUGAAUCACAACGCGGCGUGAUGAAGAGUUCAGAUAAACCUCCUAAGGGGUCAAAUUCAGGAACCCUAGCUGCUGAAUCACCUGUUGUGAACAAUCUUCUCCUUCCCUAUCUAGGGUUUUUGAAACCAAUGGCUUCCUCUCCUCAUUUUGAUGAUCAAGACUUCAAUUUUGAAGGCGGAUUUUCCGGAACGUGUUCUGAUUAUGACGACGAAUAUUACGAUAAUGACCCUUUCGCACCCAAGAAGGCAAAAUCAAAGGCUGAAGAAGCUGCUUCUGGUGUAACCACUGGAAUGAUAUUGUCUCUUCGUAAGAGGUAUAACGAAAUCUUAGUUGUACUGUGUUCAGGUUGCUGUGAGGAUAUAAUUUGAGCCUAAACUUCUUUCUGUGGCUCUUUCUUUCUGGCAGUCUUCAAAACUGUAAGGAUACCUUUGCCACAUGCCAAGUACGUCUUACUUUUAUGAAUUCAAUUACUCAAAGUUGAUAUUCUCUUCUUGAUCGAAGUG